UCUUUUGACAUCCAGACGGCAAUUAUGCUCAUCAUUGGUGGCAGUAUCCUGGUGGCCGUGCUCGUACUGAUAUGUACUAUCGUCUGUCUUUACUUCAAAGUAUCCAAGGCAUUCAAAGCUGCUGAGAAACCUGAUGCUGUGGCUGUAAAUAAUAAUCCAUGUGAGGUCAUGCAGGACGAGGUUUCCUUGGCCAAAGUUACCCAGUGCAAAGCCAUCCCCACUGAGUCUUGCCGUGCCCUCCAGUGCUGUGAUGAAUGUAGAAUGUAUGCAGAUUUUGAUUCCCUGCUGUCUUGCUUUUGUGACAUACAUGACGGACUCUUAGGAAUGGGGAACAGCAGUGAAGGCUUAAGUGUCAAUGAUGCUGCCCAUUCAUGA